UGCUCUGUCAAUAGCAGCGUCACGAUUAUUACUGUUCAUAUACAUAGCAAAAUAAAAAUGUAUAUGUGGAAUGCUACGUUAUCUCAAGAAACAUAGUUUGUCUAUUGCUACAUUUUCACAUAUUCUACCCCCAUAUCAUCCGUAGUGAAAGGGCUUGGAGGCUUAUUAGCUAUCAAACAUUCUCAAGUUAUUAAAAACUUGAAUCGCCAGUGGUUCUGGUGGUCUGUAAACCCACUGAUAACGAAUGAUGCUAUGCUGGCGCAGUGAAUUGUGGGCAGUUCUCGGUCCUCCCAACUUCUGUUUCAUCCUACUGACUACCCUAUUGGAAAAAUGGCUGAUCCGGUGGCAGUAGCGGGUUCUUCCCCUGGUCUCUGCCCGAGCUUUGCUGUCGUCUGUUCAUUCUUGGAGCGUUACGGUGCGGCAUUGGACUUACCUGAACUGACUUUCCCACAAAUGGAACGAUACCUACAGGACACAUCGACAGUCCCCAAGCCCCUGGUUGAACUCCAUGUGAAACUUUUAAGGAAGAUUGGCAAGUCAGUCUCACCAGAUAGAUGGGAAAAGUACUUGGUGAAGGUUUGCCAGGAGUUCAACUGUACGUGGGCAUGGGAACUUGAAAGAAAAGGAUAUUCCGAGAUGACUGUGGAAUCCAAGACUGGAAUCCUAAAGUACUUAUGUGAGUGCCAGUUUGAUGACAACAUCAAAUUCAAGACAUCAGUCAAUGAGGAGGAACCAGACAGGAUGAGACUGCAGCCAAUCGGCAAAGACAGAGAGGGUCUCAUGUACUGGUUCCAGGUUGACCAAGACCAGAACGUUCGUGUUUAUGUGGAAGAGCAAGAUGAUCUGUAUGGGGCCACCUGGAAAUGCGUUGUCAGGAACCGAAAUGAUUUGGCGCAGACCUUGGAGCUGCUCAAGGGUCAGAUUGAACCUGGGCUUACUGACCAGGAGCAACGUGAUGGUUCCAUCUGUGCAAGCCCUGUGCCAGAAGAUGAUGAGAAUGAUGGAGACAAUGAAGAGAAUAAGAAAGGCUUGGUAGAGACCCAGAACAAAGAAGAAUCCACUGAUGGUCCCAAAAGCAAGGAAACAGAGAAAGCCAAGCCUCCAGUCAUAAAGGACGGAAAAGAAGGACAGAAGGAUCUAAACGAGAAGUUGAAGAGCAGUGUUGAAAGAGAAGAAGAAGAAAACAUUGAGAUGGAAAUGAAGGUUAUAAAUAAAACAGAGGUUAAGUCAGAGGAAAAGCCUGUUAUAGACAACAGGGUCAGCACCAUUAUGACUCUGGUCAAAGAGGAACCUAAGGACUCGGAGGUAGCAUGGAACGCUGUUUCUGUUGUCAUGGCACCAGGUUCUGUAAAACAAGAAGUUAGUGCAAAGGCAGAGGUUCGAGAGGAGACAAGUGAAAGGACACUGGAAGAAGUGGAGAGGGCCUUAAAGAAUGACCAGCAAGCCAAGAUGCCUCUGAAGAAGAGAGAGCUGAAAUUGAGCGAGGGGUUUGGGAACAACCUAAACAGUAAUAACAAUCAUCACUCUAGUAACAAUAGCCUAAACAAUAAUGGCACCUUGAGCUCUGGUAUUAUUGUCCGCAACCCUUCUGUCUUAACCUCCAAGGGACCAUGGCCUUCAAGGGAAGAGGCCCCAACUAGUGAAGAAGGAAGGACAGUGGUGUCCAGCACUGCCUUAGAUGCCACAGGCACAGGAAUAAAGAGAGAGGCUAGGCUUGAUCUAUGUAAUGGAGAGACGGCUCCAGCACGGAACUUGAGUCAAAACUUGAGAGAGCACUGUGUGAGUGUUGGUGUGAUAAUGGGUCCCUUGGACAGAAAUAAGUCAUUUGUAGAGCAAAAUGUCCCAAUCGUUGAGGACAAAAAUGGACUAGCUGGAAACUUCGUUAAGACUAUACCAAGCUGCAACAAAGAGGGCAAGGAAGACUCUACUGCCCAACAUGAGAGAAUUCCUAGUCCUGGGACUGUGCGUCAGUCUGUGCUUGUAAGGAAAGCCACAACGCCUGAGGGCCUAGCACCAAUAUUCCCGAAGAUCUCUGAAGGCCAAGUAACCAGCACACCUGAGAGUGACCUCAGUGCAGUGGGAGGAAACGAGCUUGGUCAAAGAAAAGAGGAAUCUUCCAGCUCAGUGAACAUAUCACAGUCUGCUGAGGAAACUAUAAAUGAAACCCCUAAAGAGACCAACCCUCUGACCAUUGAGGGAUCUGCAGGGUGUUCUGGAGCUGAAGAGGAUAUGGAUGAAGAAGAGGAGGAGGAUGAUGACAUGACAGUAGGAAGGGGGCAUGGGAAGGCCGAAAAUAAGAUCACAGAGGAUGUAGAUGGGAGUCCCCGAGCUUUUUCUAAAGAGUCAGAGAGCGGAAGCAGUGGGGAUGACGGAUCAGAACCAGAGGGCACAGAUGAAGUGUCCUCAGAGAUCCAGAAGGAGGGCAUUCGCCUGAAGAUUAAGAUCCCAAUGCACCGGAGGACACCGGAGUUCCAGAGGGAGAGGGAGCAGGACUCCAGCAAUGGGCACUCCCUACGACGCUCAGCACGAAUCUGCCGACCAAGCCCCAAGCUUGCAGAGAUUCAGGACAGGAGACAAGAGAAGAAGUCCCCUGGAGCUCAAGAGGAUAAAGAGCCCGGAGACAGUGAAGUGAAGAAAACCUGUCAAAAGAAAGAAAACCCCCGGAAGGCGGACUCUGACGGACAAAACAAACCUGGAAAGGUGCGAAGGCGACAUCGACGACCUAGAUGGUCCAACCCUCGGUCAAAGGGUCGCAAAAAGGGGCCUGGUGAAGGGGAGGAAGGGCUGGAAGAGAGGAAGGUUAAAGAGGGAAAUCAGGAGAAUUAUCAGUCUGACAGGGAACGGAACCACAGUGACUCUGAGUCUGCUGAGAUGCCCAAUGAUGACCCCUGCAGUCACUGUGGCCUCCCCAAUCAUCCAGAACUGAUUUUGCUCUGUGACCUUUGUGACAAUGGUUACCACACAGCCUGCCUAAGGCCCCCCCUCAUGAUCAUCCCUGAUGGAGAAUGGUUUUGCCCCCCAUGUCAGCAUAAACUGCUGUGUGAGAGGUUAGAAGAACAGCUCCAGAAUCUCGAUACUGCACUGAAGAAGAAGGACAGAGCGGAGCGGAGGCGAGAACGGCUGGUGUAUGUGGGCAUCAGUGUAGAAAACAUAAUCCCUACACCGCAGGACGGUGAUGCUGAGGAGGAAAAAAUUGAAAAGAAGAAGAGUGCAAAAAAAAACAAGAAUCUUGAGCGAAGAUCGACAAGGACUAGGAAGUCCAUCAGUUACAGGUUUGAUGAUUUUGAUGAGGCCAUUGAUGAAGCAAUAGAAGAGGAGCCUGGGCAGACAGAUGUCCAAGGUGCCAGUCGUGGCAAAGACAUGGCAAACAUCACAGGCCAGCAGAAGAAGGAGGAAGGGAAGGAGAACCAGCAACCAGCCAAACCCGCACCAGCACCUCGCAGGAAGAAGCGCCGGCGACUCAAUGACCUGGAUAGUGAUAGCACAGUAGACGAAGAGGAAAGUGAAGACGACUUUCACCUCAGCAGCAGUGCGGAGGAAGAGGAGUUUGUGGUGUCGGGAGAUGAGGCAGGCAGUGAUGGUGAUGCCGGCUCCAAUGACUGCAGUGACUCGGGCAGCACAGCCAGCAAAUCAAGGCAGCGGCGGUCCAGGAGAACAUCCACCCGGGGCCAGGUCCAGAAAAGCAGAACCAGGGGCAGGAGUGGGCGCAGACCACUAUCCAAGAAGAGAGUUGGCUUGUCUGAUGAAGAUGAUGAGGAAGAACUUGCGAGUGAUGAGGAAGAGGAGGAAGAGGAGAUGGAAACGGAGCGUUCAAGCGAUUUCAGCGACAGCGACGUGGACACUCGGAGGCGACGCUCACGGCGGAGCCAGAGGAUGCAGGUGAACUACUGUGAGACAUCUGAGUCGGAGGGCUCGCAGAAAGGCACAAAAAAGGACAAGCCCCACCUGCACCGUCGACGCCUGACCAGCUCCAACAGCGAGGGUUCUGAAGAAGAAAAGGAAAAGGAGAAAAGGAGAAGAGAGAGAAAACAGGAGUCUUCACGGGAAGACUCCAGGAGGCUUCAGCUAAAGCGGCGGAGAGACUCAACUGAUGAAGAGGCCAACAGUGGGGAGGAUGACUCGGACGAUGAGUCAGAGGAGGAGCGCCCAGUCCGCAAAAGGCUGAAUCGAAUCGAGUCGGAGGACGAAGAGGGGGAGGAGGACAAGAGGGAGGAGGAGGACAAGGACAAGAGAAAGGAGGAGGACAAGAGGGAGGAGGACAAGAGGGAGGAGGAGGAGGAGGACAAGAGGGAAGAGGAAGAAGAAGAGGAAGAUGAGCCAGAGGUGAAAAAAUCACCAAGUGUUGUGACAAACACCAGCAUGCUGUCACCGAGCAGACACAGAGCCACAGCUGGACUUAAGAGUGGAGGUGCUGGCCCCCUGGCUUCCAAAAACAAUGGCUCGAGCCGGCACAACGGUCUGGCCUCGCAGAGGCCCUCCACUCAGGAUGAAGAGGAUGAACUCUACGGGGUCACCGACAUCGUGCACUUCGUUUUCAACAGCGAACAGGCAUUGUGACAUGUCCGCCCAGCGUGAUCAUCCGUGUUCUCUUUUGCCUUUCACCGACUCCCAGCCUUUUUAACUUAACUGGGUGUACCACGUUUGUUGCCAUCAGUUCACCUGGUUUUUAGUUGUCUCUGGACCAAACCACGAAUCUACUGAUAAUGCUGUCACUAGAUGCGUGCUAACUUGUGUGUUGUUUGUGUGAAAGUGAUGUAUGAGUGCUCUCCAGUCCUCAGCUUCAUACCAUAAAGCAUGCACUUUCAGACGAGCAGUUGUAGUUUCUGGACUUCUGUGGACAUAAAAACAAUAAAUGGCCCUCCCCCACAUGUGAAAGCACUUUGUUAAAUGUAAGGCCAGUCAUUUGUCGUCUGUGUAGCAGAGGCUGACUCUGUCCAGUAGAGACAUGCUGUAGAUAUGCUGUAUAUAUUCAGCUUGUGCUGUAACGUGUUCAUCAGAAAGUUAUGUUCUUGGAAGUUAUUUUUUUUUGUGUCUGUCCUUGUAAAAAAAAUUAUAUUUUAUAUGAGAGAGGAAUAUGGUCGUGGUGGAAGCUGAAGACUAUAGGAUGCACAGAGGUCCCAGUAUGAUAAAACUACAUUCAGAUGAUCACUUAGAGCUGAAUUCUCAUUGGUCUAGUCUUGACUCAUAUUAGUAAAGGAUUGGCAUAGUCACAUCAGACCUGUAGCACACCAGUAUGGUACAUUUAUUGGCAUAUUUUAGAUAAAAAAAAUUAAACUUGUUUGAAGACAUAAUUUAGUUUGUUAAAAAUUUUCUACAAAAAUAUAAUCUAACUGAAAGUUACAACUAUCAGGUUUCCAUUCCACCAAGCUGAUCUCAUGUGGUUUAAAUUUUUUAAAUCAACAUGCAGAGUAUGUAUGGACAGUGCAAUUACUUGACAAUUGUUACUUAGGCCUUAGUGUCAUAUCACAGAAGUAUGUGAAUUUAAACAGGUCCUGCUAAUAAAAAAAACACACCUUAGUUGCUGAACUCUUUGGAAGAGUUGUUACAGAUUUUAAGGUGCGCGUUCACUGUGUGGCAGAACAAUUUGGGAGAAAAGUAAAAACUGAAUCUGAAAUGCACUUUCAUCCAAGCACCUUCUGAGUCAUGAUGCUACACAGAGUUGUCAAACUACAAUUUCAAAAAUGCUUUAUGGUCCAAAGCUUUGUUGUGCCCUUUCAUCCCUGGAUUGUUACACCGUGUUCUGGAAGGUUUAUCUUCAAAAUGCUAUUCAGUGCAAACCUUGCCUCAUUCAAAUCUCUGACAGCAAGUUCAUUUAGCACACGUCACUAUAAUGGUUGCCUUUGCCUGCUGUUAGCUAACAUGCCAUCUGAUUUAGUUCAGUUCCUCAUACUUCUCAACAUGUUUAGUUACAAUCCAGUCCAGCUCAGACUAAUAAAACAAAAUAAAAAAAAACCUCAACCCCCUCUCUAUAUUGUGUGUAUAGUUAAAAUAAAUUAUGUAACAUAGAUGUUUUUUUUUUUAAUUAUUAAAUGCUGGUAAUAGUACACCUUCACAAUAGCAUUUCAUUUCUCUGUCUUUGUAAACAGUGUCUGUUGUGAAACAUUACACUAUUCUAUGUAAAAUGUUUGCUGUACUUGAUAUUUUCAGUCACCAGUCUUUAUCCAUUUGGGGGAUAAAUUGUUAGGGUGGGACAAGCUAUUA